CGGUGUUUGUGAAAAGCUGAAGAGUGUUUUGCUGUGUGAUUCAGUCUCAAUUGAGUGGUGAAGUUCAACUGGAAAGCCAGUCUGCGGACACUGGGACGCGAUCAUUCCCGGACCUGCUCUGAGACAAGCUGUUGGGAGCUCUUUUUGGCCUCAUCAUGGAAAGAAUCGUUAUAAGGCACCCUAUAGAAACUCCAGUACGCUACCAGGAGGAAUUUGAAGCUCGAGGCCUGGAAGACUGCAGGCUGGAUCAUGCUCUGUAUGCGCUACCAGGGCCAACCACAGUCGACAGGAGGAAGGUCAGGUCAGCCCAGAAUGCACCACUGACCACAGAAGCGGAGGAGAAACAACCAGUGCCAGACAGUAAGCCUCCUUUUCAGAUCCUGCUGGAUGUGGUACAGUUUCUCCCUGAGGAUGUUAUCAUCCAGAUUUUUGAAGGCUGGCUCCUGAUCAAGGCUCAGCAUGGCACCAGGAUGGACGAGCAUGGCUUUGUCUCGAGGAGCUUUACCCGGCAAUACAAGCUCCCGGAUGGCAUUGAAACCAAAGACCUCUCAGCUCUUUUCUGCCAUGACGGCAUUUUGGUGGUGGAAGCGAAAGAUCGCGGAAGGGUUAACUGAAUUGCUGCCUGCUGCUGUGAAUAAGAUAGUACGAGCCUUCACGUGGGUCUGACAGCUCCGUAAUGAGAGCAGGCAUGCAUGUGGCCCCACUGGCUGCAUUUACGGUGGGGAUUAAAAAAUGGAUUUGAAUAUA